CGACGACUCCCCCUAGCAUUUCCUUUCUCUCCCCACAGCCCGAAACAGGAAUACCGGGUCCCGUCUGGCAACGAGUCCACACUGGCACACAGCCCAACCUGGACCGACCGAGGUCGCAGUCGCAUCCGAACUAGGGAGACACCGGGUUUUCGCCAUCCCAUUCCCCAUCGAUAAGAUUUCAAUCCAAAAGGAAGCACGGGGAAGGGGGCUCCUACUUUCCAAGAAUCACUCAUUCCGAUUCAUUCAUAUACAUCGACCGAGCCGGUCUUUGAUCCUAUCAACCACUUCUUGCAACCGCUCUGACUGACUGUGAGCGAUAUAUCAAACCAACCAUCAAGUCGACUGCUUCGCAGCUCGCCAACACCCUGGCGCCUUAGUAACCCAUUUCCUUGGAUUACCCGCGGGAAUCCCACCGAUCAGAUCCCACAUCAACUCCGAGUCACUGCUCACCCCCGAAAACCCCCCUGCACAACGCGCGCGUCGAUUGUUAUUAUUACCCGACUCACGUCCGCGAUACGCACCCUGCUCGCAUAUUGCAUCACCACCCGCAAACAGUCACCCUCCAGUUAGGCCACAAGUCCCGAUUCAGGGAAAACAAGUCCGACAACCCUGGCUGCCAACAACAAUCAUAAACACAUCAUCCGCCCGGGGAUAUCAGCCCAUAAAGCUGGAUCUCGCCGUCGCGUCUCUACACACCUCAUACCAACAUACAAAAUGUUCUUCUCAUCGCCCACCUCGACCAUUACCCCGGCCAUGACCUCAGUAGCCAUGUCGCGUUCAGACUCCCGCGACUCUACCGGCUCCAACACAUGCUACAACUACACAUCAUGCGCGCCCAACUCUGCAUAUUCAGCACUCGUCAGCGCGUCGCCAUCGUCAUCAUGGCCCAUCUCACACACUCUGAUGCGCUCAGACAGUGAUGCAUCCACGGCGACCUCACAACCAUCUUCAGUGGCAAUGCGCCGCGACAGCAGCAACUCCUCGUGGAUGCCUAGUCCUUACAGAUCGUGCAUGUCAUCCUUCGGUGCAGAACCCAGUUCCUAUCUAUCAGAUGACGACCUCCUCUUCACAACAGAAUCAUUACCGGUUGAGACCAUCCCAACCGUUGCUGCACCCAAGAAGGAACUGACGACCGAAGAGCAAAUCGCCUUCCUUCGGGACCUGCAAGAGAAAGAAGCCCCCCAUCACCAGCAACACUCCGAGUCCUCAAAGCGCAAGGUCGUCCGCUUCGCCGGCCCAGGUGACGAGAAGCAGCGUCGCCCGAGUACGCUGAAAAGGCGUCAGACCAAUGUCCGCCGCGGGUUGAACAGUCUCAACGGACCUCAAUGAGACCUGCGCUGGGACGGGAAAAAGGGCUGGUCCCUGACCUCUGGGUUUAAUGAUUCAAUGUGUUGAGUUUAAUUGUCUAAUUUAGCGAAGCGAUGAUUCUGAAGCGCGCAUAUAUUUACACAUUGGGGCAUUAUGGCUUCUACGAUACCCCCUCCCCAGGCCUACUACGUGUACAGUAGUAUGGCGAUGGCAUCUUGGAAUAUUUCUCCAAGCCCGAGCACCAACCCUGCAACAGAAUGGCAUGGGCAUCGGUGACCUCGAUGAAAUAGUAUUACUAGCUUAAUCAAUCUACUAUUGAAAGCUCAAACACAGA